GGCGGGACAUAACUUUUCCAUAGCAGGACAAGCAUGGCGGAGAACAAGCAAGGUGCAGAGGCCAUAGUGUCAGACCUCCACAAGAAGAUCAAAGCAGCUUUUGAAGCGUUUGACUAUGAGUCUAACAGCAAAGUGGAUGUCAGGGAGAUCGGCACCAUCAUCUAUUCCCUGGGUUGCUUCCCCACUCAGGCAGACCUGCAUGACAUAAUAGCUGAGGUUGAGGAGGACCACACUGGGUACAUCCCUUUGGACAAGUUCCUCCCAGCCAUGACCAAAGUGCUGCUGGAGCACAAGUUCCCUCCCAUCCCUGAAGACUUACUGCUUCAGGCCUUUGAGGUUCUGGACAAAGAAAAUAAAGGGUACCUGGAGCCUGAGGAGCUGACAAAGUAUAUGACGCAGGAAGGUGAGCUCUUCACUCAGGAGGAGAUGGAUGAGAUGCUGACAGCACUCUCUGACCAUGAGAAGAACCUUAUCUAUUACAAAGACUUAAUCAGCCAGUUGACCAUUGACCCUAACAUGUAGACACUGCAACAGUGUGUGUGUGUGUGUGUGUGUGUGUGUGUGUGUGUGUGUGUGUGUGUGUGUGUGUGUGUGUGUGUGUGUGUGUGUGUGUGUGUGUGUGUGUGUGUGUGUGUGUGCAUAUCUGCAUAAGUGUUGUGUGUGUUUGGCGUUUGUGUUUAUGUCUGUAUGUUUUUAAUGCAGGCUAGUAGUUCUAAUAUGGUAUAAUAAAUAAAUGUUCAUAUCUCUAUGCUGAAUUUGUGUUUCAAGAAUUGUCUUUCAGUUCAGAUGAAAUACUAUAUGUGCUCAAACUGGCAGAUUUAGGAAAAUGUAUCAAUGCAGGAGCGGUCCAUUAUUUAGGUUAAACAUAUAGUAGUUUCAUGCUCACAUCCUUUUACAUGUUGUACCCAACCCUAAUCUGUUUUAUUUCCAGUUGGCAUG